AUGAAGCUCAUUACUCUUCUGCUCCCCAUCGCAAAGUUUAAUCGGCUCUGCAGUACAAAUCCUAAGAACUCUGCUAGAAGUUGUGACAGAUUUGGCUGUGGACACUACGGGGCUAAACGAGUCAAUGGGAAACACAGGGGACUGGACAUCACCUGCAGUGAUUGGGCAAAGGUCUACGCUCCAUUUGAUCUGAUACUGAGAGGAAGAUCCCGUCCAUACGGAAAUAAAAACAUUAUUAAUGAUGGUGUCACUAUCAGAGGGCAAGAUCUGUGCGUGAGGCUGUUCUACAUUAGACCAGUCAGAUUUUCAGGUUGGGUGAGGAAGGGGCAGCGGCUGGGCAUCAUGCUGCCCAUGCAGAAGAUCUACCCUGGAAUCACCUCCCACAUCCACCUCCAGAUGUGCGACUGGUCCGACCCCACCAAGUACGUCUGAUCCCUGAAUGGAGGAAGGGCAGCGUUUAUCGAAAAAGUGUAUUUCUAAUUUAGAUAUUUACAAUUUACAAUUUUAUAGAAUUCUUUGACAGGUCAUGUUGAUCAUGAUAGUCAUGCUGGUUAAGCUAAUUGACAAACUUAACUCUCAAUCAGUGGGAGCAGUUGCAACACUGCAUGAUUCCUGAGUUAGAAACAAGGAUGACACUCAUACUGCUUUUGCUCAGUUGGACUCUCCUUCUUUCUGCAAUAGUGCAGCCAUUAUUGAAAAAACAAAAAAACAACUUUACACACCAAACAUGUAAAAAAUGUCUAUAUUUGAAAGAAUAAUGAAAAAAAGUUUAAAUAUGAAAUAUUGUGAACCUAAUCAGUC